UUCCCGGUGUCGGUCAACACUUCUCCUGGUGGGAACUCCUCUGCCAGUUUCCUCUUGGCUGGAGCGCUUCGCUUCCCUGCAGCCUUGGCUUUGGGGGGCAUCUGAAAUGCACCGUCAUCUGUGUUACAGUGCUACUUCGUCACUUACAGCCUUAACGACUAACUUCAGUCUUUAAAAUGGAGCUCCGGUGCUACGUGGUGUCGUGUUUGAUGCUUUCAUUUACGAACAGAGUUAGCUAACCACAUCCGGAAGUCGCCCGUUCCUACUCAGCGACUUGAAUGUCUUGUAUUUCCAACUGCCACAGAGUGGAAGGAGCAGUACUUCACAUCAAGCAAGAUCUUCCAACCUAAACAGAGGGAUGACCCACCGUAGUGACAACGAAAAUGAUGAUCAGAGUGAUGAUGGAGCAGAAAACCUGAAGGAGAACCAGAAGAAGAGAAAUAAAAGAAGAAAACAUGUGUCUUUUCCCCCUGAUGAGCAGAUCGUAUCUGGCUUUGCUGAGCACAGGAACUCUGCCAUAAAGGAUGACAGCUGUAUCACCUUGACAGAGGUAAUGGUAGCCUACCAGCAGAGCUGCAGCAGACACCAGGUCCAACCAAGACCACACAUCAUGCAACAGCUCCAGCAGGGUGUAUGUGUAGGUGGCAGUGUGAAAUGUCUGGAUCUCAAAGGUGAGCGAUUAGACCACCGCUCCUGUGAAGCUUUGGAAGUCGUCCUGAAAUCACUGCACUUUGAUUUCAUCAAUCUGCAGGCAGCCCAACUGGAAGAAAAUGAAGCAUCGUCUUUGCUGGAUAUGAUUUUGUACUAUGAAUCUACAACCCAUCUUGACAUUUCUGACAACAGCAGUAUGGGAACAUCCGGUUGGAGGGCCCUCGCUCAUUUGAUAAAGCAGAGUGUGUGUCUGUCCAGACUGGAUAUGUGUAACAUGCCCAUGGUCGACUACCCAGCCCUGUCUCUGUCUAAAGCUCUGCUGACCAGCCGGCUCACAGUGCUGCACCUUCACAAUGCCCAGCUCAGUGGCAUGCCACUAUACACACUGGUUGGUGCACUGAAGAUAAACCGGGCUUUGCAAAAGCUCCACCUUACCAACAACUUGUUGAACAGCUACCAGGAUGCUCUGCAGCUUGGAGACCUGCUACGCUACAACACCACUUUACAGACUCUGGAGCUCAGCAACAAUGCUGUAGCAGAUGCUGGUCUGGAGGAACUGUGUGAUGGUCUGAGGUGGCAGACAAAAGGUCUGAAGGUCUUACUGCUGAGGAACAACCAGAUCACUGCAAAGGGCAUGGUCCAUCUGGCCAAGACUCUGCCUGUGCUGAAGGUCCUGCAGGUCCUGGAUUUGGCUGAGAACCUCCUGGGGAACGAGGGCAUCCAGGUGAUCAGGACACCUCUCAUGGUGAACUGCUCAGUGCUGCAGCUCGGCUUGGCCCAAGCUAACAUCACCUGUGAAGGUGCUGUGGCAUUGGCCGAGUUCCUUGCAGAGAACCGUCACAUUCAGCGCCUUGACCUCCGUCAGAACAAGUUGAAGGUUGGGGGCCUAAUGGCCUUGUGUCUGUCCCUGAGGAUCAACCAUUCUCUUGCUCAUCUGGAUUUGGAUGAUGCAACCCCAGAGGAGCAGGAUGAGUUUCUGGUGGAGACUCACAUAAGGCUUCAGUCAGAGAUCACCCAGUGUUGCCUCACCAAUGUCAGGCACUGCGGCCUCACCACGGACACCUCGGAGAAGUCGUCUUCUGACGGACCAGCUGACAGCAGGACAACAGUCUGAGAUCACACACAUGCACAUAGCACACAGAGGAGGGAAAAUGGCAAAGCUUGUACAGAUCACCUCAGACACCAAUCAUGGAUUCAGUCACACAGACGGCAUGUCCCAGUGUCCCCAACCCAAACAGCUGACUAGCAGAUAUAUGCGAAUAAUGAUUCUAUCUCAAAUAAUGAUAAUCAUAAAACUCCAAAUCCAGGUAAUAAAGGCGCCCUAAUGAAACAUGGGCCUCCCUGCUGCUUCCCACCUAAUGUUCCCACCGAGCUGCUCGCCACUUUCCAUAAAGCAAUUUUGCAAGCCCUCCUCAAACAUGAAUCACCUAGAAAUGAAGAGACCCCCCCCCCACACAACCAACAUCACCUCAACCCUCCCCUUCAGACAACACUCACAUUGUCUGUGUGUGUGUGUGUGUGUG